UGCUCAGCGGUAUUAUGUUUGUUAAUGCAACUGUCAACAAAGUAUGAUAGCUUUGAUUCAUUAAUAACAUUAUUUAGUACACUCCCGAUGUGAGGGAUGAAGAAUAAAAAGGUGAAACCCUCAAAGGGUGUAAGCAACAGAAAAAGAGUGCUCAGUGAUGUGUCUCCAUCCACCAGUAUUCCUCCUCUGGUGGAGGGUCAGCUGAGAUGUUUUCUGAGAGUGACCGUGAGUAAAGUGCUGUGGACCAUCACCAGACCUCCUCCUGUGACUCUGAUCAGGCUCAGAUGGUGGGGAGAAUCUUCCAAUGGCACCUUCUUCAGGCCUAGAGAUGGAUAUGUUGAACAGAAAGGGGUCAAAUUGACAGCCCGCUUUCCAGUUCGAUGUGGACCCAAACAGCUGACUUCUUAUUUGACAGAUAUGGGCUCAUUGUUGCUGGAUGUGCUUACAAAGGUUGAUCAUUUGCCUAUAGCUCGAGCUCAAAUCCCUGGGAUUGCCCGGCUUUCUUUGUCUCACUCCAUAAAUGGAUAUUUCACUCUUGUUUCCCCGUCAUCAGAAAAACUUGGAGAGCUACAGGUCACACUUGCUCUGGAAGCGUUAACAGAGGGAUAUGACAGCAGUAGUUCAGUACCCACGACUGAUAUGAGCCUCGACGCACAGGCUCCUGGAGUAACAACUGACCAGAACAUGCCUGUACAUUCAUCCCUGGAUCAGGCUCUCCCGAGUGUGAAGGAGACAGCUGGCAGCAGCUCUGGCCACACGCCUAGAGGGAAGGAUUACUUGUAUUUUCAAGAAAACAAUAACGUCAUACCAGAUUCUUCUACUGGAAAACCUAAACCUGCUACCGCCCGAACUCUUUCAGCAAAUAGCCACGCACCUGUUGACCUUUUGUCAGUUCUUCUGGAACGUGGCAGCAAACUGAGAAAUGCCAUGGUGGUUUCAGCCUUAAAAUCUGAUGUGGAGUCAGAUGUUCCUCUGAAGGACAUUCCCCUGCCUCUCUCCAAAGACAACACUGAUGCCUUGCCAGCCAGGCCCUCGUCAGGACAGUUUCUGGAGAACAUCCUUCAAGCAGAGCACCAACAUCCUGUUCAGGACCUCGAAGAACCCAGUCAGAGUAGAGUCAACACAGAGGACAUGGCUGUGGAUCUGCUGCUGGGAAGUGUUAAUGGAUCUGUGCUGCAGUUCUGGGAUGGAGAGGGUUCUUUCCCAGAUUCUCUUUCUGAUCACAGUAGUGUGCUCAUGGACAGUGAGCUCAACGACCCUCAGUAUGAUCAGAGUCUUCUGGAGAACCUCUUCUAUAAAGCUCCUAUAUCAGAUGAGUAUUUGGAAGAGAAGCAUCAAAAGAAAGAUCCAGCAGAGAAGCCAGUACACACAAGGCCAACUAAAAAUACCCAGCUCGAUUCUGAAGAUGUGCAGCAUUCAGAAGCGGGAGAUGAUUUCUCUGGGCUUAGCAUGGAUAAAAUAGCUUUGCUUGGAGAUAUUCGUGUUGCCAGGGUCACCAUCAGUGAGUUAAAAGUUUCCACUGAGAGCAUUUCAAGAAGUCUCUCUAAAAAAGGAAGACCACCUCGCCCCCUCACCACAAAGAAAUGCUUUUAUAUCGUAGAGUACCUCUUUCCACUGGUCUCUGCUGGGUUUGAGGAUGUUCAACGUGUACCUUCAGAGAUUACAAAAGUUGUCUCUAGUAAAGUAACAGAGGGUGUCGUGACGUUUCAGCACCAAAGUUUGUUUCCAGUGAGGUUCAGUAGGUCGUCUAUUAAACAAUGGUGGGAGGUGAACGUCACAUUCAAGAUCUACUCCAGAAAUAGCCUUCAAAAGACACCCGUUCCCAUUGGAUCAGCAAUGUUUCCUCUGAGCUCCCUGAUGCAGAGUGAAUCGUUGAGCAUUUCUGCUGCCCUUCCUGUUCAGAGACCGGAUGGAAACACUGAUAAACAAGCAGUUGGUCCUCUGAAGGUUUCAUUUGAAUUAGCAGCAGACAAAAAUGAUUUCUCCAUCAAAAAGAGACCUGCAAAACGAAUGCUGAGUCCAGCAAGACCUCUUUCUUCCCGUUUGACUGAAGAGCAUGAUGGUCCAAAGGGAUUAUGUGUGACUGACCACAGGAGAGACCCGUCUCCUAGUGCAAGUGUUCAUCAAGUCCAGAGUAUCCUGAUCCCUCCAACCAGAUCACGAUCCACAUCACCACGUGUCAGAUACCAGAGCUCUCUUCAUGAGCCUCUGCAGCAGGAAGUGGAGGAGACUGAGAUUUUGCUUCAUAUGUUGCUGAUGGUGCCCGAUGGGAAAGAUUUUAACUGUGUGCCCAUGCAGCCCAACGUCUACUUGAACUGUAAGCUCCUCGGAUCCGAUGAAACUGCUCGAUCGACAGUGAGCUGGGGUCAAAAACAUCCAUCAUUCGGCUUUAUUCAGGUGGCUCCAGUCACACUGACCAGCAAACUGUUGGAGAGAAUGAAGAACAACAUGAUGGUCAUUGAAGUUUGGUUAAGGGCCAGUAGUUCAGACCAUGAUAAACUUCUUGGUUUGGUAAAACUUCCUCUUCACCAGUUCUACAUGUCCUUCAGAGACCCCAAGAUCACAGAGCUGCUCUUGCAGUCUCAGUAUCCAGUGGUUGGAGUGGACAGUUUUAUGCCUGUGGUUGAUGUGUUCAGCGGCAGCACUCGUGGAAACCUCAGGGUGUGUCUAGCAAUGGGUCUAGCACAGCAGAUCACGGCACUGCAGCGAGUGAGGGAUGACGAGCUGGCCCACGUAUCACCACUGCCUCGACCAGCACACAUGUUAGACCAUCGGCCACAUGUAGAAACCAAGGCCAGUACCACUGUGGAUGUUCUGCGUGAGCAUGUCUUCAUGGUUCGAGUAGAGCGAGUAAAGGGUCUGACGCCUCUGCAGUCCACAGUGUGGGGAGAAGCUGACUGUUACAUCCAGUACUCCUUCCCUGCACAAAAUGAGUCGAGAGAAGACACGGACCCACAUGUGGUUGAGAGCAAUGUGGAGCUCAAGGCCUACCGCACUGAGACCACUCUCUGUGUGCCUGACCCUGUGUUUGGACAUAAUGAGACUCAUGUCCUGCUGGCUCCUCCUGACGUCCCAGUGCAAAGAAUCCUGCUGAGCUCACUGGCCAGUCAAGGGAUGAGGAACGGAGGAGGGGUGCAGUUUGAGGUUUGGUGCAGGUAUUAUUAUCCGAAUGUUAGAGAUCAGCUAGUAGCCAGAGGACUGCUGCCCAUGUCCAAACUGUGUGCCAUGGUAACCAUGCAGAAACAGGGUCAAACCGAUGUGCAACUUUUCUCCCUUCCUCUGGUACCAAGAACCGACCGACCUGUUGACACACAGCCUCAGCCCCCUGGGCUGCUUGAAGUGAGCGUUCAGUACAAGUCUCGACCAAUGAGGAGUGUGGGAGUGAAGAGGGGGGUUGUGCCGUCCCGCAGAGUGAUGCUGGUUGUGCAGGUGCACAGAGCAGCCGGGCUACAAGCUGCAGCCAAAGCUCUUGCAGAUACAGACAGCUCACUGCUGUAUUACUCUGAAGUGGGGCUCAACUCCUUCAUCACCAUGCAUUUGUCCUUCCUGCCGGACAGUGAGGUUCGAAGCACACGUGUGGCGGCCAGGAGUUUCUGCCCAGAGUUUGAACAUCACACCGAGUUCUGCUGUAACCUGCUGGUGCAGAGAGACAGCGGGGAGAGCGUCAGUCUGGCUGAACUCCUGCAGGAGGCAGUGGCCGUCUUCACCAUUUACAACAGAGACACACGCAAAAUGGCUGAUACAACAAGAUCGAAGGACACUGUCUUGGGCACUGUGAAAAUUAGACUUGCAGAUCUGAUUUAUAAAAGAAGUGGCAUAUCUGGCUGGUACAGUGUCUCUCUACCUCAGAGCCCAACUUCAUCUCACAGUCUGACCUCAGCAGGAGGGCUUGAAGUCUCCAUCAGUUUUUCCCAUCAUGCAGAUAGAGAGCGAGUCAUCAGUUCAGCCCGUGGACUGGGAUGGGACGUGGGGCAAGACAGUGAAGAUGAGGCAAAUAUAGAGGAUGAAGAUACUUUGGAAGAAAGCGCAAAGUCUCUGGCAUUAUCACUUUCCAUGCCUAGAGCGUGGCUGCCCAUCCAUUGCCUGCUGCUGCCUGGACAUGAAGACUUACAGCGUUCCACCUACUGCUACUACAGAUACAAACUCUACAACCAGCAGACCUUCUGCUCUGAACUUAGACAUCCCGUUCCAGACGAGAGUGAAGGAGAAGAAGGUUUAGCCACGGUGGCAUUUCAGGGGAGCAGAAGCGUGGUGCUGAGGAGGACUCAACCCCUGCGCUGGUACCUGAGGGAGGAGAGGCUGGAGGUGCAGGUGUGGGUGGCCUUUGGGAAGGAGAAGAGAGUCCGGCCUCAUAACGCUGACCGUCUGGUGGGCUCUGCUUUUGUGGAUCUCUCUGCUCUUGCUGGGACCUUGAAGCACCAUCAAACAAUCAGCGGUGUGUAUCCUUUGUUCAAGCGCUCUGCUGUAAACCUGAGUGGCGCUGCUCUCAGAGUCCAUAUCACUGUCACAACAGACUCUGUAACACAUGAGCCUCAAGCCACCGAGGAGCUCAACAGCUCAGUAGAAGAAGAGGAGGAUGGAGGCCUCCCCACCACAGUGCUGUCAAGACCAUCUCAAUCCCCCAGCAAACAGCUGAUCAAAUCAACCAUGAACACUGAUGCUCCACCAUCCAAAGAAAUCAACAAUGAAGACACCUUCAUAGCCAACAUAACUGUGGACAGAGCCAUGCAUCUGAGCCUGAAGGGUUGUCCUCUCGCUGAGCGCAGUGGAGGAUUGCCUAGUUGCUGUGUUUCUUACGCCACCGCCGAUGCCCCGGGAACAGUGACCACAGCACUGAUCAAAGACAGUGACUGCCCCGUGUGGGACCACCAGCAAGAAUGCAGACUGUCGAAGGAGCUGCUUUUGGAUCCCCAGCAGUCCUUGGUUUUCAAAGUUUGGCAUAAAGGAGAGGUUGAGCGGGUGAUUGGAUUCGUGUCUGUUGACCUGUCACCACUUCUGUCAGGAUUUCAGUCAGUUUGUGGCUGGUAUAACAUCGCUGAUUUCAGCGGGCAGUGUCAGGGGCAGCUGAAGGUGUCUGUGUCUCCUCUGAAGGCAGUACAGGAACUCCGGGCACAAAGACUGGCUGCCCACGAAGCCGCUGCUUCAGACUCAAGUGCUCUCUUUAGCGCACUUCCACUUUGCUAUCAAACGACAGCUACGUACUGCAGCUUCCCCAGCCACAUCAGUCGAUUCUCAGAGCAGAGGAUCAGCACACCUCCUGAACAGUUUGAAAGACUGCUCUCUGACAGAUCCAGUGUGACGGAUCGCCACGAUGAGCACAUGGACAACAUAAGAAUGUUCCAUCAGAGUUUGCAUGAGGAAGAGAAAGCGUCCCAGUCCUCCGUAACUGGAGAUUCCCACCCAUCCAGUUCAGCACUCUUCUCUGCCCUCAGGAAAAACCUCAGUGAGCUGGAUGAUAUUCAAAGGUAUUUCAGCCGAAAGUUGUCCACUCCAGCAUUCCCAAAGCUGAGUGAGCUGAGAGGAACCUCCAGGCUGGACGAGCACAGAGACUCAGAGACGGACACCACACAUCUGCUACUGAAGUCCAGUCAGCUGGUGGGAGAGGUCAAUAACAUCAUAAAAGGCUUAAGUGAACAUCAGACAGAAGAAGUGACAACUAGCCAUAAAAGCUCUGCUGCUCUUGAUGUGGUUGAGGAGCGCUUAACAUCUGGAGUUGAUCAGCUGAUAUUGUCAGAGUUUGAUAGCUGUGAGAUAGAGCCACACUUUCAUAAAGAAUCAGACAUGAUGUCGGAGGAUGAAGAUGAAGUCUCGCUCAUCAGCUCUCCUGCUCCUGCAGAGAUCAGACAGUCACCAGCUGCUGCUGAAAAUGAAAAGCUCCACCACAGCUUCAGCGAUCUCUCAUCUAAUGAAGAGGAAAAAGACGAGGAUGAGCAUGAAGACUUUGAGGAAACUUUAAUACAGCCCCGAACUCUCAAUGAGGUCACCUCAGUCACAGACAGAACCAGCCCUUGGACCAGCCUACUGUCUGACCCAGAUAUAGGAUCUCUGGAGAGUCUGGAGUCAGUGCAGCAUCACGCUCAUGACGACACCAUCCACACUCAAGGGGAGGAAAGAAACAGCAGAGAAAUUCUUCCAGACUUUAACCAGCAGUCACUGACUGCAGAAUCACAAGUUGAUGUUGAUUCUGAUUCAGAUAUCUGUGAAAUAUCUGAAACUGAUCUUGAUACAUGUAGGAGUGACGGUGCUAUUGCCACAGAUUAUCGGGAACAGCAGCCUUCUCCAGAUGGUCUGGAUAGAGAUGGUGCUCUUUCUAGUAUUAGUGAGGUGGAAGAUUAUGAACAAAGUAAUAGUGGGCCUGAAGGAAGCGAUGAGAGCCCAAACUUGCCUCCCUCUGCAGAGUCUGGUUCUGAAACAGAUGAUAAAAGUGAUGAGAGAACAGCAAAACCUUUGGAAUCUGUAGAGAUUCCAAAUUUCUUCCUGUCGGCUCACCAUCUGGAGGCAUCCAUGAGGGCUUUGAGGAUGGCACCUGUCUUUCCAUCGGCAACAGCUGAAUCUGAGACUGUAAAUCCUGGAAAUCUAUAUAGAAGAAUGCCUCGAUCAAGACCAAGCAUCCCUCCGUCACAGAGAAGUGAAGAGACUAGAAGAAUUGCAAAAAUAUUUGCUUCGAAGUUUACAGAAGAAAGUUAAUACAUUCAAGAUUUCUGUGUUUGUUUUCAUUUUUUUAUAUCUAAAGUAUGUGAUUGGGAUCCUUAUUUAUUUCUUACACGAUGCAAUAUGGUAUAUACUUUUUAACGGUAACUUGAAUAAUGUGAGCAUUAAAAAAGUUGUUUAUUUACAGUAAUUAAUCUAUUUUUGUAAUAAAGAAUUUUGUAUUUCCA